AUGGCGUGUACCGUUGCCGGCUGUUCAAGUCGAUUGGGUGUUUUGACGGAGAAUAAUGAGAAUGUAUCAUUCCAUCGAUUUCCGGCAGACGUCGACUUGAAAAAAUUAUGGGUUAAAAAUGUAAGGAAAGGAGAUGAAUGGAAGCCCACACAGUAUACCAGGAUCUGCUCUUUACAUUUUGAUAAAUCUUGUUUUCGUGAGGGUUAUGGACGAAAAACCCUACAUUCGUACGCAGUACCAACAAUAUUUCCUAAUCAACCAUUAUCGCGUCGACCAAAAUUACCUACAAAAAGAAAACUUAUACCGAAAUAUGGCGAGACCUCUGCUGCGAGAAAAGACGAGCAACGGCUCCACGGCUCUCUUCCAAAAAUGGAUCGCACAACUCAAACAGAAAAUAUUGGCGAAACCGCUAUUGAUACUAAACUUCGAAAAGCGACUAGAUUAGUAGAGCAUUAUAAAGUAAUAGCAACAAGACGUGGUAGAAAAUUAAAAAACUUACAACGCAAUUUUUGUCGGCUUAAAAAGAAAAAUACUGAUUUAGUUACCAUUAUUCAAGCACUUAAUGAGAAACUGGAAGAUGAGAAUGUUACAGUUUUAAAAAAUAGUUUGGGCACAGAUCCAGUCGUAUCGAGAUAUUUGAUGAAAUCGCAAGGGGCUUCGUUGCCUAAAGAAUAUCCAGAGGAAAUAAAAAAGUUUGCAUUAACGCUUCACUUUUUAUCACCCAAAGCAUAUUGCUUUGUCCGAGAUGCCUUCGAUACAGUGUUGCCGCAUCCCAAGACCUUAUCAAGGUGGUACCAAUCCGUCGAAUGUAAACCUGGCUUUACUACAGAAUCAUUCGAAAUAUUAAAAAUGCGUUGCCAAAACUCAAAUAAAGUAAUUUAUGGCGCAUUGACCAUGGACGAAAUUGCAAUAAGGAAGCAGUUACAAUGGGAUGGCACAAAAUAUCAUGGCCACAUUGACAUCGGCACUGAGGUCGUCGGCGACGAUCUUCCACUUGCAACUGAGGCCUUAACGUUUAUGUUAACAUGCAUUAACGAGUCGUGGAAAAUACCUAUUGGGUAUUUUUUAAUAAACGGAGUAUCCGGUCAACAAAAAAAGAAUUUAGUGGAACAAGCUAUCCGGUUACUGAUUGAACAUGGUAUAACAGUUGUGUCACUGACGUUUGAUGGGACUGCAGCGAAUGCAGCGAUGGCAACACAAUUAGGAUGUGAUUUAAAUCCAGACAAUUUACGAUCUACUUUUAGAGUAGAUUACCAUGAAGUUGCAAUACUUUAUGAUCCCUGUCACAACAUAAAGUUAGUGCGAAACGCCUUAGGUGAAAAGCAUACAUUGCUAGAUGCUGAUAAUCAAGUCAUAUCAUGGCACUUUUUAAAUAUGCUUCAAAAUUUGCAAGUGGAAGAGGGGCUUCACGCUGCUAAUAAAUUGUCAGCAGCACAUAUUCAGUACGAAAAACAAAAAAUGAAAGUGAAGCUUGCCACUCAAUUAUUGAGUAAUUCUGUGGCAGAUGCAUUAGAGUUUUGCCACGAAAUGCAAAUUCCAGCAUUUGAAAACUGCGAAGCUACCAUAAAAUUCAUCAAACAUUUCAAUAAUUUGUUUGACAUACUUAAUUCCAGAAGUUUAUUGUCUAAAGGCUACAAAAAACCAUUAAAUGUGCAUAAUAUUCUCAAAGCAAGAGAAAAAUUACAAGAAAUUGAUGAAUACAUUGACGGAUUGAAAUUGUCUGACGGCACGUUUAUCGUAAAGUCCAGGAAAAAGACAGGAUUUGUGGGCUUCAAAAUUUGCAUUCGAUCCGUUUUGUUUAUAUACGAAAAAUAUAUUUCAAACACAAAUCCAUAUCUCAGUUAUUUACCUGUUUACAAGUUAUCGCAAGAUCAUAUUGAAGUGUUUUUUGGAGCAAUCCGGUCAUUAGGUGGGUUCAAUAAUAAUCCUUCAGCAAAAGCCUUUAUGACAGCGUACAAAAAAUUGUUAGUGCAUGCCGAAUUCAAAAUCAGCAGAAAUGGCAACUGUUUACCCCUCGAAGACAUUAGGAUAUUACACACCGCUAAAAAACAGUAUAUUCAAGCCUUAAACCAAACAACAGAGAGAUUCAAAAUGCUUGAUGGUUCUACCGAAGGUCAGGCAACUGUUAAUUUCCGAAAAGAAAUGAUUGCUGAUCAUGAUUAUAUUCCAGACCCAAACAUACUUACUGAAUACAGUGAAAAUAUAAUUGCAUACAUAGCUGGCUAUAUAGUUAAAAAAAUUAGGAAUCAAAUAUUAUGUGAACAUUGUUACCAGGCUCUUGUGACUGAUGAAAAUAAAAGUUUUUUAAUUCGAGUUAAAGACAAAGGUGGUCUGAUUAAGGCUUCAAAUGAUGUCAUACGCAUUUGCAAGUACACUGAAAAAGUUUUUCGUCAAUAUUUAAGAACCAACGGAGCAAGUAAAGUCGGGCUACCUAAUAUUAUACAAAAAAUUACCAUGGAUGUUUUCGAAAUAUGCGGUGGUACGGAUGCGUUUUCAGAGUUGAUUACUCACAGCUACGAUAACUGCGUGCUAAACAACCAUUUACAUUUAAUAAUUAAGUCAAUUGUAGAUUUUUAUUUGAUAAUUCGUGUACAUCAUGAGUCUAAAAAAGCUUCAAUACCAAAGGGCGAGAAUGUCCGAAAUUUUUACAAUAAACUUGUUUUGUUUAAGGGUCUAUAA